GGGUUUGGGCCGCCCGUCAAUCACAGACGCGCCCGAGGCACCGCCCCAAACCGUGCUCCCGCCCCUUUUCGUCACUUCCUCCCUAGCCCCUGUGCCGUCGAUAAGGAAACCCGGACGCCCUUCCGGCUUUCCUUUUUUGAGGCGGCCGGGAAGAUGGCGGACAUUCAGACUGAGCGUGCCUACCAAAAGCAGCCAACCAUCUUUCAAAAUAAGAAGAGGGUCCUGCUUGGAGAAACUGGCAAGGAGAAGCUCCCGCGAUACUACAAAAAUAUCGGUCUGGGCUUCAAGACGCCCAAGGAGGCCAUUGAGGGCACCUACAUUGACAAGAAAUGCCCCUUUACUGGUAAUGUCUCCAUCCGAGGGCGGAUUCUUUCUGGUGUGGUGACCAAGAUGAAGAUGCAGAGAACUAUUGUCAUCCGCCGAGACUACCUCCACUACAUCCGAAAGUACAACCGCUUUGAGAAGCGCCACAAGAACAUGUCCGUGCACCUGUCCCCCUGCUUCAGGGAUGUCCAGAUCGGCGACAUCGUCACAGUGGGCGAGUGCCGGCCCUUGAGCAAGACUGUGCGUUUCAACGUGCUCAAAGUCACAAAGGCCGCUGGCACCAAGAAGCAGUUCCAGAAGUUCUGAAACGAGACAUCUGUCCACACCCCUGAAGAAAAUAAAGUUAUUUUCCCAGUCAGGGGCCUGGC